AUGGUGCCAUGGCCUUUGACAUGGGGAAUGCUGUUGCUGAUUUCGGGUCAGGAUGUUCAAACAUCGAAGGAACUGGCAUGCCCAGAGUUGCCACGAAAUUCGGUGGGUAUAUGCGUGGAGGAAUGUGAAACGAACGACGACUGUGAGUUGCGUGGACAGAAAGGCCACUGGUGUUGCUCAAACGGAUGUGGUCACAGCUGUACAAUGCCAGAGAGGGUGGGAGCAAUCGUCGCACCGGCAAAGAGCUUUGAAAUUAUCGCAGUGUUGCUCAAGGACGCUGCCUUUGCAGAUGUUUUACAUGAGCUCCCCCGCCCCUUCUCAAAGUCCGAGCUGCGCUCGCUGCACAUGCUGACAGUAAAGUACGGAGCUGGCAAUGCUCGUGAUGCAUGCCAGGCUUUUCGAAAGCUGUCGGCUCAUGUCAAGGUAUCUUCCGUUGAAUGGGAUGCAAGUUGUACUCUGCAUGUUUUAUGCUCUGUCUCAUUCUGUCCUCGGCUGAACCAUAUCAGUCCCGUGCCACUCACGGCCGUCGACGCAUCCCCGCCCCGCCAUUGCUUUGCAGAGUCAUCGAUGCCGAAUGAGGGGCGAUCUGGCCAAACUGAUGUGCCCUUCAGUAUGCGGCCAUCGGCCACACCAUUUAUUCCAUCCAGGCUGAGACCAUGUCCAUGCCCACCUGUGAGACAAGCUCAUGGUGAGCAGGCUGUGGUGCAGGUGCAGCGGGACCAACCUGUUUCUCAAUCCCAACCUCCACCGGAUGCACGGAAGAUGGUCCAGCCAGAAUCCUCGAGAAAUCCUCCUUCCGCGUCCACAGUUGGCAACGGAGAAACCACAGUUGCCGUGUUCCCCAGCAUCUCGCGGAAAUACUUCCGUCACACGCCCUCAGACCCGAGCUUGGCCAGGUACGACCUUGAUAGAAUGAGUUGCACUUGGCGACGUCCGGAGCUGAAAGACCAAGCUCUUCAGGAGACCGGCUACUUCUUGACUGCAUUCCUCGAUCCGGAGGCGCUUGGAACACUUUCCUGCGUCAGUCACACGUGGGCUGGGCCGGCUUCCUCCUUUGACUGGGCAGGUUGCUGCCAGGCUGAUUUCGGUGCCGUGUGCUCCCAGUAUCUUAGAUAUUUGGAGCUGGACAGCCACGCUGGUACAAGAUUCAGUUGGCGCUCGCUCUACCUGCGACUACGAGCAUUCCAUCGUCAGCUAGAUGCUUUCCCAAACUGCUUGCAGCAUCGCUUCAGUCCAGAAGCAUGGAGAAAUGCUCCCUCGGUCCGAUUGAGUCAGGAUGCUUGCCGAUUGGUGCAAGGAGGGCACUCGGUGCUUUUCUGUGGCGAUGCCGAGCAUGUUGGGAUUCUGUCAAUGACAUCGGCAGCAGGUUCAUCUCACCCAUCUUUCAGGCCCGCAGACUUUCUCGAUGUGGUGCCGGUCACGCCGCAUUCCGUCAUUGGUGUAUCCCUGGCUCUAGACUUGGAGAGGUGGUGCUUCAAAGAAAAGGCAUCGUGCACGGGCAGAUCGCCAACCGGACUUGAGAAGGAAGAUCAUACGGAAGAUUUGAGACUUUUCGUGGAACACGUCGCGGCAAGGCUCUUCGUCUUCGCAGGGAUUUAUAUCCAUGCGUUCGACCUCUUAUCACUCGAGAAGACCUACGUAGUGUCUGCUCCGAGCUGGGGGAGGCAUGCAGAGCAGCUCCUUGCGCGAUGGGAUUAUGGGGAAGCUUUUGUCGCUUACCAAGUUGAAGGAUGCGAGGCCUGCAUAUGGUCCACUUCAGACGGCGAAGACUUGGGCAAGAUCACACCUGGUAAUCAACUCCUAUGCUGCGAUAUUACAAGCUUCUCUUUUGGAGGCAGCAAAAAGCUGGUGGCAACCUUGGAGACUGAUGGAGGCAUACGAGUUUUCACCAACGCGCAAAGUGAAUGGCGUCUUGCCCAAGCCGUGCAGACUCUUUCCCUGGUUGUAGAAGUCAAGUUGGAACGACACCUGCUGGUCGCUGUAAGUCAUUCGGCCGGCACGGGUUCUGUGCACGUUUGGCAUUUGGGCUUCGACACGAAUUCCAGUGAUCCAGACGUUGUACUACUCCUGCAAGAGUAUUGCCAGCGCGAUUGCAGCCAGCCUCCGGACAGAGUCGAAGCCAGGCAUGGAGGAAGGUUUAUUGAAGUUCAGUUCCUGACGGAGGGAUUGUCGGUGGAUGGGAUCUAUGACGUUGAAUGGCUGGAGCCGUCCCGGUUGCGUUGCUUGCUGGCAUUGAAAAGUUGCAUUGGCGACUGGAGAUGUGACCUGAGAGAUGCGAUCGGUGUGCUCGGCAACGACAGUGAAGGUACUGUCCUUCGCUGGUUGCUCUUAUGGCAGCCACUGCAUUCGAUUCAAGCGAACAUGCACAGUUCGAUGCUCAGCCUUCCGGGUCCAAGAAUGGAUGGACGAGGUGUGUGGCCAGUGCCUCCAAGAGUUCGUGUAUUUGGCUCAUGA